CACUGAAAAUGUACUGUAACAAGAGAGAACAAUAAAAACAGGAGUAGAAGUAUCACAGUGUAUAAAUUAUUAGAGUUUAUUUUGUUAGAAUUUUUUUGUGUUUAUUAUUUUUCUCUACUAUUUCAUGAUGAUUCCCUGCACUUUAAUAUAUGUUCUAAUCUGGAUAUCAUUCUCUAUUUGUCCGUCUUACACAGUCACACACACACUGCAGUACAUCCGCACUUCAGUCACACCAGGAAUACAUUUUCCAGAAUACACUGAUGUUGGUCUGGUUGAUGGAGAGCCAUUUGUGUACUAUGACAAUAACAUAAAGAAAUACAUCCCAAAAACUGAGUGGAUAAAGAAGAUCACUGAUGAUGAUCCAGACUACUGGAGCAGUGGGACACAGAAUCAGAAUUAUGAACAGGAGAUCUACAAAGAAAAUGUGAUUACACUAAUGAGGCGCUUUAAUCAGACUGAAGGGGUUCACACACUACAGAGAAUAUAUGGAUGUGAGCUCCAUGAUGAUGGGACUGUUAGAGGUUAUGAGCAGUUAGCUUAUGAUGGAGAAGAUUUCAUCAGUCUGGAUCUGGAACAUGUCACCUGGACUGCAGUUAAACCUCAGGCUCUUAACACCAAAAACAAACUGAAUACUGAAGGAGCUGCUCCUUUUGAAAAAUUCUAUCUGGAGAACAUCUGUAUUAAGUGGUUACAGAAGUAUGUGACCUACAGCAGAGAGACUCUGGAGAGGAAAGAUCGUCCUGAGGUAUCCGUCCUCUACAAACACCCGUCUCCAGAUGUGGUGUGUCACGCUACAGGUUUCUACCCUAAAGAAGUGAUGAUCACCUGGCAGAGGGAUGGAGAGGUAAUGUAUGAGAAUGUAGAGCUCAGAGAGACGUUACCAAACCAGGAUGGAAGCUUCCAGAAGAGAAGCAUACUGAGAGUCUCACCUGAGGAUCUGCAGAAACACAACUACACCUGUGUGGUUCAGCACAGCAGCCUGGACAAGGAGAUAGUGGAGAUCUUCCUGAGAGAUGGAGGAUCUGCUGCACUGCGUAUUGGUUUUCUUGCUGCAGUCUUGGUUGUUGUUGCUUUUGUUGGAUUUCUCAUCUGGAAGAAAAAGUCUGGCUUCAAACAAGUUCCACAAAACAUGAGCCCCUCUGAAGAAAAAACACAACAAGAAGUCUGACUAUCUUCUGAACUGAGAGAUAUGAGUCUGUGUAAGUAUACAGUAUGUAAACUGUGAGGUCAAGCCAAACCACAGACUGGACAAGUACACAGCACUCAGGAGCGGACUGGCCACCUGGAGCACCAGGACAGCAGCAUACUGCCUCUUUGCCCAUAUCAAACACAAACACAAAGGAGGAGCUGAGAGAGUGUGGAAAAUAGGAAGAAUGAAAAGCCCUGCCAUUUAUAUCCGGGCUUGAGACCGGCACUGAGAGUUAGCUCUCAGUUAGCUGGGUUAGCUCCCUAUCCAGGGAUUGAACCCAGCAAUGAGAUAUAUAUAUAUAUAUAUAUAUAUAUAUUAUUAAGCAUAUAACUUCUUGCUAACUUGUGUAUUUAACUGUGUAUCUACUGUGGUUUGUCCUGUCUUUAGUCUGCGUCCUGUUUCAUGUUUUCAGUUAUUAAACCCUGUUUUGAUUUAUGCUAUCCUGCGUUUGGGUCCGCUCUGUUUCGUGAACAUGACAAUUUGUCUGUGGUAUGGUAGAAUAAUUCUAAUAUUCCUAAUGAGUUUUUGAGGGUUCACCUGUAGACAUAUUUACUGUAUUUUGACAACUAAUUAUUAAGAAAGAUCACUUGUUAAUCAGUAACCAUUUUUUAUAUUUUGUAAUCCAUAAACUUCCUCAGAGAUGAACACAGUGGACGAAUUUAUAAUUUGUCUGGUAGUCUAAUUGUUAUAUCACCUAAUAAUAUUAGCCUACAAGGUUAGCAAUUCCGGUGGAUUACAGGGUAGCUUUUGGUUUAAGAUUCUUUAACGUUCUCUAAAUGUGUAAUAUCUGUAUUGAUUUUUUUAUACCCAAAGAAUAAUCUAUUGUUCGGACUCCUGUAAUAUUUUCUUUUGAAAUUUCUAUUGUUAGUCGCUCAGAAUAAUUGCGUUUGCCAAGUAUCAUAAAUGUAAAUAUGUGUUUUAUAUUGUAUGUUUAUGUUUUAUAUGUAGUAUAAUUUGUAUACUUUUCCUAUGCUUCUGUAAAGCUAUUUUGAGGCAAUGUUAAAGUGCUAUAAAAAUGAAAUGAAUUGAAAUUAUUAAUAAAAGUACAGUGUUGGUACAGUUUCUUUGCUAAAA